GCGCUAAUUCUAUUUUUAAAUAAAGGUGUACGCAACGAUGAGGAACAUAUCAAAAAAAGCAGACCUGGAAAUCAAGUCGGGUGACGCUUUAAACAAAACGUUAUUCAUCCGCGAACUUGAUAUAUGCAAAUCAUCGACAUUUGAACCGGUCUUAGAUGAGAUUAUCAAAAAUGAAGGCACGCUCGACAUAGUCAUACAAAACGCCGGUGUUCCGUGUGUUGCUAUGUUAGAAACGUUGUCCGAAACACAGAUACGCAGCGUUAUUGAGACGAAUCUCAUUGGUCCUAUAUUGCUCUCUCAGCGAAUUGUACCAAUCUUGAAGAAACAAAAGUCAGGUCAUGUGAUCGUAAUAUCAAGCCAAGCGGGAUAUAUUGGCGUUCCUUAUAACGAGAUAUAUUCGGCAAGUAAGUUCGGAAUCGAAGGUUUUUCAGAGGGUCUGGCAGCUCAACUUGCUAUUGAUAAUGUUCAUUUCAGCUUAAUAGAGCCAGGCCCUGUACUAACGGAUAUCGCCAAGAAGGUUGGCUCUGAAUGUCGUUCGGCAAUCGCUUCAGCAGAAGUCGAUGAAGUCACUAGAGAACGUUUCACGGAAUAUUUGACGUCGAUUACGGCUAAAUUUCACGAAGUAGUGCAGCAAACUGAGGACGUGGCCGACGUAAUCAUAAAGGCCCUCAACGACGAGAAUCCACACCUGAGGUACCAGACGAGCCAAUACCAGGAGUCGGUUGCUAUGAAAAAACUUGUUGAUAUAACUGGGGACUCCAAUUUAAAUCACAUGUUAAAGCACUUGAAAGACAAUUGAAUUACUGUAUUCCUGUUACGAGAGUAGAUAUUUUUGCCUUAGCUGAAGUCCUCAACAUUUAACAUUCUUAUCUGUCAAAUUCAUUCCGUAGAUUUAGUAGUGUUUCAAUUAAUUUUCUUUAUCGUAGUAUUAAAGUAAAGUAGUACUUUUUAAAUAUUAUGAGCUUGCCUCUCCUGGAGAUCCUCGGCAACCGCAGCACAGCGCCACUACGGUGGAGAAUUGGGCAAUACCCUCCUGAGACUUGGCUUUCGGGGAAGCGGUUGGAACAAAAGUUGUGGCUCGUACUCCAAACCUUAAGGUCGUGAUUCGAGACCUUCGCUGUGCAAGUCGCUGUGUCUUUGGGCAAGGCACUUUAUCCACGCGUCUCUCUCCACACAGGAGUAUAAGUGCCUAGUAAGGUUCGAGUGCAAAAUUCGUUGAUUUAUUACUUUAUUCGCUGAUUUACUACUUGCAGGAAGUUAUGAAAUGCUCCCGCAAAAGGCAUUGUUCCAGUGACUGGUAAUUAGGCAUAUGUGGAAAGGCUCUCUGAGACUUGGUUGUGUAGAGCGUUAUAUAAAUACCGACAUAUUAUUAUUAACAAAUGUCUCCCAAAAACUCUGCUGGCAAUUUAUUAGUCUCCCGGAAGUGGUUCCUUCCAUCUUGGGACCGCAGUUCAACGCACAUACAGUAGCUACCUCAGUUAAGCUGACUAAGCUAAGCUGCUCAUACGUUUACAUGUACCUUGAAUAAUAUGAAUUAUCAUUAUAGAUUUCCUUUUAUUAUUUACUUGGUCUUUUAUUGCUUUGAAAACAGAUUUAAAAUAGUGGGAAGAGCAGGCCACCCAAGGUGUACAUUGUCAGUCGCCACAGCUACAAAUAACCGAUAGUAUGUAAACUGUGAAAAAGUAUGUUAUGUAUACAUAAAUGAGAUAAAUUUUAUAAUAAGAUUGUACAAUUAUUAUUACACAGUAUUACUAUUAUAAGUAUUAUUAUUAUAAAUUAAAACAUUACUACUACUAAUAAUAAUAGUAUUAUUUUAUUAUUAUUACUAUUAUUAUUAUUAUUAUUAUUAUCAUCAUUAUUAUUUAUUGUUGUUGUUAUUAUUUUAGAUUAGAAAUAGAAGUGUGUGAUGGUUAUAACUUAGAAUAAGUCUAAGUAGUGCAGUUGUGUUUAGUCUGUGUAUGAAAAAAAAAAUGUUGCACAGGAUUUGAACAAAGACAAUAUGGAGGGAAGCAUCAAAGGUCAAAGCUAUUAGACAUACAAUUAAACAGAAUGAUACUAUGUUCUGUUAAUCUUUACGGUAUAUACAGCUUUCGAUUGCACGACGACGGUAGGACGAACGUAAUAACGUUACUAAAAGGCAUCUGCGUUAAUGUUAAGUUCUCCUCGUUGCGUGGAUUAUAGGACACAAUUUGGCCAACUCUACAUAACAGAGAACGUAGGACGCCCAGUAUCACGCAUGGCUAAUUCCGUUCUAGCGUUCUAGCUCAAUAAUUUUAGCCGAAUACUGCAACUAAUUUUCAAUAUCUGUUAAUUUUUAAAGCUUUACACAUAAACGGUUACAUGACGCCCUAUAAUUUGUUUAUAUGCAUUGACAGAGAUUAUAGGCAUGAAACACAAGAUAGCAUUAUUAACAAUUAUAAUAUAUUGUUCUCAUAAAACAUUUAUUAUUCCUUUCAUUUUUGUACAGAAGUUUAGUUAAAAAUAUAUAUUGAAAUGGUUAAGAUAUAAUCAUUAUCUGUUAAAUUAUUAAAUAUAAAGUAUAUGAAAGAGGAAUAAUUUUCAACAUUAUAGAUUAUUGCAAUUUCAAAUAAUAAUGAAAAUAGUAAAAUAAAAUAAGUAAGCCAUAAAAAACACAGACGCAGUAAUGCAUCUAAUAAAAAUAUAAAACUUUUAAUCAACAUGUUUAGACGUGUUACGUCAUCAUUAGGUAAUAAUGCUUAUGCUACUACCGGUUUAUAUGCUAACGGUCGGAUGUAAAAAAGCAAAUAUUGAGGUAAGCCAUGUAUAUAGAGUGUGAUAUUGUAAUGAGUUGUUUUUUGAGUGACGGAUUUCCCUAAGAAGCAACGUAAUGGCUUCUUUUAUUUUUAAGUUGAUAAGUACUGUAUUGUAAAAUACACAACGAUAAAGGGAAAAGGUAUAGCGUCCAAAGCAAGCAUUGAGCAAAAAUAUUAACUGUAUGAAUACAAGUGAAUGAUUUACAAUAAUUGAGAAAUUGACCGUUUGGAAAAUUGUAGCAAAAAUUGAGUAGUCUAUUUUUUUUUUAUACUUGUAUAAAUAACUAAGAUGCGUGUUAAUGCUUAAUUGUCGAAUAAAAUAAGUUAUAAAGAUAAAUUAAACGGCGCAUGCCAAGUAUAAGUAUUUUAUUUGUGUAUUAUCUAACCUCUGACCCUUUUUAUUGAUCCCUGGAGGUGAAGGAAUAUAAUAAUAUGAAUAAAUAUAAUGGUAAGCCUUA